AUGUCAACGUACCUUUUUAUUAUCAAAUAUGAGCUCCCUAUCGUUAUUCAAUCACUUACCGGAGCUAGAAAUGGUGAAUGGCACAUUCAUGGAGAUUAUCUUAUUCUGCUGGUUUCGGUUAUUCUCAUCUUGCCCCUCUCUCUGCCCAAGAAAUUAGGAUAUCUUGGUUACACCAGCAGUCUGUCUCUGCUCUGCAUGGUGUUCUUCCUGAUUGUGGUGAUUAUCAAGAAGUUCCAGAUACCGUGUCCUCUGCCUUUGACUAAUCAUGUGAAUGAAACCAUGCAGAACAGCAGCCACCACAGCGAAAACACCACCAGCAAUGAUGACCUUUGCAGGCCUAAAUACUUUGUCCACAACUCACAGACUGUCUAUGCUAUUCCCAUCCUUACCUUUGCCUUUGUGUGCCACCCUAGUUUACUACCCAUAUAUGGGGAGCUUAAAGACAGAUCACGCUCAACGAUGCAGAAUGUGGCCAACGUGUCCUUCUUGGCUACUUCCAUCAUGUACCUGCUGGCUGCUCUCUUUGGAUACUUCACCUUCAACAUCCAUGUGGAACCUGCACUGCUCCACACCUAUUCCAAGUACUUCAAGCAUGAUGUCCUCCUGUUGGUGGUUCGUCUGGCUGUACUGGCUGCUGUCACACUCACAGUCCCUGUGGUGCUCUUCCCUAUUCAUACCUCGAUCAGCCAUCUACUGUUCUCAACAACGGAGGUCAGCUGGAUCCAACACAUUAUUAUUACCGUAGCCCUGCUUGCAGGAACCAACACUGUAGUCAUCUUUGUCCCCAGCAUCAGAGAUAUCUUUGGCUUCAUCGGUGCCUCUGCUUCUGUUAUGCUCAUCUUCAUCCUGCCCUCAGCUUUCUAUAUCAAACUUGUCAAGAAGGAGUCAAUGAUGUCAAUGCAAAAGAUUGGGGCUACAAUGUUCCUGAUAUUAGGAUUCUUUGUCAUGUUUGGCUGCAUGACUCUGAUCUUCAUGGACUGGAUCUCCAACCAGUGAGGUCCCUGAUCAGGGCCACUGAUGCUCUUCUGGAGCAUUCUGCUGUUAUAUUGGCCGUUUCAAAGCCACUGAAACAUGUUUCAAGUUAUUUAAGGCAUAGUGGUUUUUAGUUACCUCAUAUUUACUCAUUUCUAAUACAUGUUCUAUUCUUGUACUGAAAUAUCUAUUUCUAUGUAAUGACUCUAGAGUGUCUUUUGUACUUUCUGUGUUGAGUGUGUUUCCAGAACCCAGGGUUACAAGGGUGUAACUAUUGUCUCUCCGUAGACAAGUGGGAUGUGUUUUGAUAUGCAUAGAGAAGUGUGAACCAAAACCACAAGUCGCCUUUGGAAGUAGAGGAAGAUUUUCCUGGGACCAAGAUCAACCUUUUAAAACUGCUUAUGCUUGUUUUAUGUAGAUAACAUUGCUGCUACUUCCCCCAUCCGUUAGAGCAAAAUGAUCAUGUAACUAGGGAUUUACCAAUAUGAAAUUAAAACAGAAGACUCAGCGGAGUGUACUUCAGAGCGUUAGGUGAUUGUAACUGAGCAUAUCUCCGUUAUAAUUAAGGCCACACUGACCCCCUGUUUCUAUCCGUGGGGUCAACUUGGACACUGUGGAGGAUUAUAAAUACAUAGGUGUGCACUUGGCCAAUAAAUUGGACUGGACUAAAAACAGAAAUGCUACAGGAAAGGCCAGAGCCAUCUCUUUCUUCUGAAGCUGCCAAGGUCCUUCAGCAUCUGCCAGACAAUCCUGCAGAUGUUUGUGGUGGCCAGUGCCAUUCUUUAUGCUAUUGCAUGCUUAGGCAGCAGACGAAAGGUGGAGGACGCCAACAGACCUAACAGACUCAUUCUCUCUGAUAGAAGUGUCAGAGAGGAGCAUGUUGGCCAGGAUCAAAUCCAUGCUGGACAAUUCUGCACACCAUCUUCAUGAUGUGCUGGUCACCCAAAAAAGCCCCUUCAGUCAAGGACUCAUUUCAUCACGCUGUACCACAGAGCGCCUCAGGAAGUCAUUCCUGCCCGCGGCCAUCAAAGUGUAUAAUUCAUCUCUCUCUGAAAGGCAUUUCAUUAAAUUACUUAUUAAUAUUUAUUUCAUGACUUCAUUAUACUCAACCACAUAGUCAUGUGCAAUAAUUUUGAUUUGCUGCUGAACAGCAUUGUAAAUAUUGUCGCUGUCACAUGUGUCGUCUGUCAACAUGUCAUUACAUUAUAUAUCUCAUUUUAUUCUAAUCUUAUUUUAUUCUUAUAUCUUAUUUUACAAAGUUUAUAUGGGAAGUAUGUGUU